CAUCACUCCAGUUGUUUAGAGAAGCCGGAAGUGAAAGCAGGGAAAUUACUACAAACAGACAGGGAGGACUGUUACUGAUCCAAACGCAGGUUAAGCUCGUCAAAAAGACGUUUGAAACCUACUUUGACCGUCUAACUCGGCACUGAUCCUUCAGAGCAACCAGCAACAGAACCGGGACGUUACGUCGAACAUGGAAAAGAAUUUGUUUAACCUCAAGUUUGCAGCCAAAGAACUUCAGCGGAGUUCUAAGAAAUGCGACAAAGAAGAGAAGGUAGAGAAGGCCAAGGUCAAGAAGGCAAUCCAGAAAGGCAAUAUGGAGGUUGCACGGAUACAUGCAGAAAACGCCAUCCGCCAGAAGAACCAAUCAGUGAACUUCCUCAGAAUGAGUGCCAGAGUGGAUGCAGUGGCUGCACGAGUACAGACCGCAGUCACCAUGAACCAGGUCACCAAGUCCAUGGCUGGGGUGGUAAAAGGAAUGGAUGCCACCCUGAAAAGCAUGAACCUUGAGAAGAUUUCUGCCCUGAUGGAUAAGUUUGAGCGUCAGUUUGAAACUCUGGAUGUACAGACAGCUCAGAUGGAGGACACGAUGAGCAGCACCACAACACUGACCACACCACAGGGUCAAGUUGAUGCGCUCAUGAUGGAAAUGGCGGAUGAGGCUGGCUUGGACCUCAAUAUGGAGCUUCCUCAAGGUCAGACGGGAUCAGUGGGAACCAGUGUAGCAUCUACAGAACAGGAUGAGCUCUCUCAAAGACUGGCUAAACUCAGAGACCAGGUGUAAGGAGAGAUGUGCGUGCGUGAGUGUGUGAGUGAAUAUGUGUGUGUGAGUUUGGGUGUACAAGAAACCUGUUUACGGAUCCCUGGAAGAAAUGGCAUCAUUAUUUCUGUAUGUUUAAUGCAGUUGAGGUGUGUGUCUGUGUCUGUCUGUGUCCAGCUUUCCUUAUCCACUCAAACACACUGAAACCAAAUUCUUAACAACCCAUGUGAAGCUGAAGUACACAAAUUUGAAAUGUUAUGCGGUACAACUGCUGUCAUUAGAAUAGUUUUGGGGCCCUGCUGUAUGUUUUCAAUCCCUAAUAAAUAAUAUUGAGUGUAACAUUUCUUUGUAAUUAUACAUUUUAUGUACUUCAGUAUUUUAAAUACAUGCUUGUUAUUUCUGAAAUGCAUUUAAUGCCAGUGUGGCUACAUUAAUCUACACCAGCAUUAAUAACAGAUGGAUAUGUUUUUGUGAUUUAUUUUUCUUCCUGCAACACAUACAUUUUUGCCUCUUCUUCAAUGGAUUGUGGGAAAUUGUAACUUAAAGAGCACCUGUUAUGGUUUUUCAAAUAUUACCUUUCAUGUAGUGUGUUAUAUAGCUGUUUGUGAAUGUAAAAAAGUCAAUGGAGUUAUUGACUCCCAAAAGAAAGAACCUAUUCUGAACACCUGAAACGAGUCGUUAGUAAUUCCAGACUUAUCCCUGUACUAAGCUAUGUAAAUUGGUAAUAAAAAACCCCGCCUCUGGUCUUCAUUGGCUGCUCGCGAACAGCUUUGACCUUCCCUCAAACACUACACUAAGCGGUAGACCAAUCACAACAGACUGGGGCAUCUGACCAAUCAGAGCAGAGAAGGCUCUCUGAAAGGAGGAGUUUAGAAUGAAUCCUUUAGAGCGGAUCAUUGAACGAGUUGUUUUUGACACUGGGAAAAAAGGUAAUGCUGCAAUUUAAAUUAUGAGCAAAUUAAAGUGUUUUUUGACAUUGGAUGCAUGUAAAUCUAUUGUAUGAGACCUUUAAAACAAAAUUAGCCACGUUUAAAAACCAUAAUAGGUGCUCUUUAAAAUGCAUGUCAUCAAAAGACAGUUUGAAUAAAAUAUUCUCAUAUUGUCUUGAUGUAGUAAAAUCAGACAUUAACAGCCAAAUCUUCUCUAUCUGUAGUCUAUACUUUCGGAUUAAACAGCAUCUCUUAUUUUUAUUUUCAAUGGUUUCUAUUUUUGUAAAACCAAAUUAAAAAACUGCCUUUGGCAAUGUACAGCUUAUCUGCUUGCUCAGAUAAGAACAAUAUGAGAACAUAUGUGUGUAUAUAAAUAAACAUUUUGCAACUCCUUUAA